AUGUUGGAUCUUGUUGUGGGGGAGGACGCUUCCUCUGUCUCCCCAGGAGACCCCUGCCCACAGCCAAGACAGCUCAGCACUGAGGGCCUGCCAGCCUGUGUUCCCUCCAUCAUGCGGGACUAUUUUGAAGGCAGUGGAUUUGGCUUUGGGGUCACCAUUGGAGCUCUCUGCUGCUUCCCUAUGGUGAGCCUGCUCAGUGCCUGGAUUGUUGCCCGGCUCCGGAGGAGAAAUUUCAAGAGGCUCCAGGGCCAGGACCGCCAGAGCGUCAUGUCUGAGAAGCUCGUGGGGGGCAUGGAAGCUUUGGAAUGGCAGGGCCACAAGGAGCCCUGCCGGCCUGUGCUGGUGCACCUGCAGCCUGGGCAGAUCUGUGUGGUGGAUGGCAGGCUCUCUGUGCUCCGCACCAUCCAGCUGCGCCCUUCCCAGCAAGUCAACCUCAUCGUGUCCAACAACCGAGGACGCCGCACCCUGCUGCUUAAGAUCCCCAAGGAAUAUGACCUGGUGCUGCUGUUUAAUGUGGAGGAAGAGCGGCAGGUGCUGGUGGAAAACCUUCGGGGGGCCCUGAAGGAGAGCGGGCUGAGGUUCCAGGAGUGGGAACUGCGGGAGCAGGAGCUCAUGAGGGCAGCUGUGACACGAGAACAAAGGAGCCACCUCCUGGAGACCUUUUUCAGGCACCUUUUCUCCCAGGUGCUGGACAUCGACCAGGCAGAUGCAGGGACCCUGCCCCUGGAUUCCUCACAGAAGGUACAGGAGGCCCUGACUUGUGAGCUGAGCAGAGCUGAAUUUGCCGAGUCCCUGGGCCUCAAGCCCCAGGACAUGUUUGUAGAGUCCAUGUUCUCUCUUGCUGAUAAAGAUGGCAAUGGCUACCUGUCCUUCCGGGAGUUUCUGGACAUCCUGGUGGUCUUCAUGAAAGGCUCUCCUGAGGAGAAGUCUCGUCUUAUGUUCCGCAUGUAUGACUUUGAUGGGAAUGGUCUCAUUUCCAAGGACGAGUUCAUCAGGAUGCUGAGGUCCUUCAUCGAGAUCUCCAACAACUGCCUGUCCAAGGCCCAGCUGACUGAGGUGGUGGAGUCCAUGUUCCGGGAGUCGGGCUUCCAGGAUAAGGAGGAGCUGACGUGGGAGGAUUUCCACUUCAUGCUGCGGGACCAUGAUAGCGAGCUCCGUUUCACGCAGCUCUGCGUCAAAGGGGUAGAGGUGCCUGAGGUCAUCAAGGACCUGUGCCGGCGAGCCUCCUACGUCAGCCAGGAAAAGAUCUGUCCCUCCCCCAGAGUGAAUGCUCGCUGUCCCCGCAGCAACGCUGAGGUGGAGUGGACACCACAGAGACUGCAGUGCCCCAUGGACACAGACCCUCCCCAGGAGAUUCGACGGAGGUUUGGCAAGAAGGUAACGUCUUUCCAGCCCCUGCUGUUCACGGAGGCUCACCGGGAGAAGUUUCAGCGCAGCCGUCGCCACCAGACCUUGCAGCAGUUCAAGCGUUUUGUGGAGAACUAUCGGCGCCACAUCGGCUGUGUGGCCGUGUUCUAUGCCAUCACCGGGGGCCUUUUCCUGGAGCGGGCCUACUACUACGCCUUCGGGGCUCACCACAUGGGCAUCACAGACACCACCCGCGUGGGCAUCAUCCUGUCCCGGGGCACCGCCGCCAGCAUCUCCUUCAUGUUCUCCUACAUCCUGCUGACCAUGUGCCGCAACCUCAUCACCUUCCUGCGCGAGACCUUCCUCAACCGCUACAUACCCUUCGACGCCGCCGUGGACUUCCAUCGUCUCAUUGCCUCCACUGCCAUCAUCCUCACAGUCUUACACAGUGCGGGCCAUGUGGUGAAUGUGUACCUGUUCUCCAUCAGCCCACUCAGUGUCCUCUCCUGCCUCUUCCCUGGCCUCUUCCAUGAUGACAGGUCUGAGUUUCCCCAGAAGUAUUACUGGUGGUUCUUCCAGACUGUGCCAGGCUUCACGGGGGUCGUGCUGCUCCUGGUCCUGGCCAUCAUGUACGUCUUUGCCUCCCACCACUUCCGCCGCCACAGCUUCCGGGGCUUCUGGCUGACCCACCACCUCUACAUCCUGCUCUAUGUGCUGCUCAUCAUCCAUGGCAGCUUUGGCCUGAUCCAGCUGCCCCGUUUCCACAUCUUCUUCCUGGUCCCGGCACUAAUCUAUAUGGGGGACAAACUGGUGAGCCUGAGCCGGAAGAAGGUGGAGAUCAGCGUGGUGAAGGCAGAGCUGCUGCCUUCAGGAGUGACCCACCUGCAGUUCCAGCGGCCCCAAGGCUUUGAAUACAAGUCAGGACAGUGGGUGCGGAUUGCCUGCUUGGCUCUGGGGACCACAGAAUACCACCCCUUCACACUGACUUCUGCACCCCAUGAGGACACGCUCAGCCUGCACAUCCGGGCAGCAGGGCCCUGGACCACUCGCCUCAGGGAGAUCUAUUCACCUCCAACGGGAGAUGGCUGUGCCAAAUACCCGAAGCUGUACCUCGAUGGACCAUUUGGAGAGGGCCACCAGGAGUGGCAUAAGUUUGAGGUGUCCGUGCUGGUGGGAGGGGGCAUUGGGGUCACCCCCUUUGCCUCCAUCCUCAAAGACCUGGUCUUCAAGUCAUCAGUCAGCUGCCAAGUGUUCUGUAAGAAGAUCUACUUCAUCUGGGUGACACGGACCCAGCGGCAGUUUGAGUGGCUGGCUGACAUCAUCCGGGAGGUGGAGGAGAAUGACUGCCAGGACCUGGUGUCCGUGCACAUCUACAUCACCCAGCUGGCUGAGAAGUUUGACCUCAGGACCACCAUGCUGUACAUCUGUGAGCGGCACUUCCAGAAGGUGCUGAACCGGAGUCUGUUCACGGGCCUGCGCUCCAUCACCCACUUUGGCCGCCCCCCCUUCGAGCCCUUCUUCAAGUCCCUGCAGGAGGUCCACCCACAGGUCCGGAAGAUUGGGGUGUUUAGCUGUGGCCCCCCUGGCAUGACCAAGAAUGUGGAAAAGGCCUGUCAGCUCAUCAACAGGCAGGACCGGACUCAUUUCUCCCAUCAUUAUGAGAACUUUUAGGUCUCCUGCCCAGGAGCUCUGCCCACUGCACAGCUGAGCAGAGAUUUGGGCCUGCACCUCACUCUAUACUUCCUGUUUCUGGCUUGCCCAGCCUUUUCCCCCCAUUCCUCCCUCCCACCUCAGUCCAGGUGGUCAUGGUCAAUCACACCAUAUGGAUUCAGACCAUAUGAGUCCAGAAUGUCUCAGCCUGGAGAAGUAGGAGACACUGUCUGGGAAACGGAGGUUGGGAGGUAGGAGAGCUAUUAUUGCUUUGGGGCAAAGUGACCCCUCUUCUUCCAAACUAAGAAAAAACAUCAAAAGACUGGAGCUGACAAGCAGUGUAUAUGCGUAUAAGGGGGCUGUGAGCCUAAGGAUGAAGUAAGAGCACAGAUGCUGGCAUCUUGGAACUCCUUCCCCAAAACCUCCUCCUCCUCUGGGGCUUCCCACUGUCAUAAGGACUGGCAAAUGCCUUGGAGGGCAUAGAGUCUGGAGCUGCAAAGAGAAAUUUACAGGAACCCCUUUAGCAUCCUAGUCUAACAGCACAAUUGAGCUGCUCUCCCCAGUUUUUAAACAUGUAUUGUAGUCAGAACCCAGUCCACUAUCUUUGUAGUGCUCCUCAGUCCUUCUGUCUUCUUCCUACUGAAGUAGUCUCCUUUACAAAUAAACAACAUUUCUGUC